UUGUAUCCCAUACGAUACCUAAAGCCACUAGUACGCAGCGUUACUGUAUGGUCAGUGUCGCCUCAGCUGCUGGUGUUUAUAACUUAACGCUCUUAAUGAUAAUCUGACACAAUUUACUACGCCGGGGACUUCAGCUCAUCGUUUUAUACAGGAGAAAGACAGUUGUCAAGGGUUCGGUUAUCUUGAGAUGAUUUCGGGGCUUUAAUGUCCCCUCGGCCCGGUCCUCGACCACGCCUCCACCCCCAGGAAGCAGCCCGUGACAGCUGACUAACACCCAGGCAGUUAGUCAAUAAUGGACAUGAAGAAGAGGAACCCAGAGAUAAAGUAUACCCAGCUGUUUAUCAACAAUGAGUUUAUUGAUUCAGAAUUGGGACUCACCUUCCCUGUAAUCAAUCCAACUACAGAAGAUACCAUCUGCACUGUGUCUGAGGCUAGUGAAGAGGAUGUCAAUAAAGCAGUGUUGGCUGCAAGGAGGGCUUUCUCCAAUACAUCUCCAUGGCGCACUAUGGAUGCUUCAGAGAGGGCCAAGUUAAUAUACAAGCUGUGCGAGUUGAUGGAGCGAGAUCAACAGUACCUGGCGAGCUUAGAUACACUUGACAAUGGGAAACCGUACACCGAGUCUCUUGGUGAUGUGGAAUACAGUAUCAAGACUCUACGUUACUAUGCUGGUUGGUGUGACAAGAUACAUGGUCAGACAGUUCCCUGUGAUGGAGAUUAUAUGUGCUUAACUCGACGAGAACCUGUUGGUGUAGUUGGGCAAAUCAUUCCCUGGAAUUAUCCAGUUAUGAUGCUGGCCUGGAAGUGGGGACCUGCCCUUGCUACUGGCUGUACCAUCAUUCUCAAACCAGCAGAACUCACACCCAUCAGCUCUCUGUAUAUAGGUGCACUUGUUAAAGAGGCUGGUUUCCCACCUGGUGUAAUAAACAUUGUGCCUGGCAUGGGGGAGAUCGCUGGACAUGCUAUUUCAAAGCAUCCAGAUAUUGACAAGGUAGCAUUCACUGGUUCUACUGCAGUGGGGCACAAAGUAAUGCAAGCAGCAAGUAUAUCAAAUUUGAAGCGCAUUACAAUGGAGUUGGGUGGCAAGAGUCCAGUGGUUGUGUGUGAAGACUGUGGAAACUUGGAUGAGGCUGUUGAAUUGUGUCACAAUGCAGUGUUUAGUAACCAUGGUCAAAACUGCUGUGCUGGCUCCAGGACUUUUGUGCACGAGUCCAUCUACGAGGAAUUUGUGAAGAAAUCGGUGAAGUUGGCUCAUGAGCGUAUUGUUGGUGACCCUUUUGAUGAGGAAACACAGCAGGGGCCUCAGGUGAGCCAAAUGCAGAUGGAGCGAAUACUGGGCUACAUCGAGAAAGGCAAGAAUGAAGGUGCAACGUUGGAGUGUGGUGGUGAACGUGUUGGCAACCAGGGCUACUUCAUUCAACCCACCGUCUUCUCCAAUGUGACCGAUGACAUGACUAUUGCCAAGGAGGAGAUUUUUGGUCCAGUGCAAGUAAUACUGAGGUUCAGUACAAUGGAUGAAGUGAUUGAACGCUCCAAUAAGACACAAUAUGGCCUUGCUUCUGGAAUUGUGACUACUGACAUUAACAAGGCUCUGACCUUUGCCCAAACUAUUCGUGCUGGAUCUGUGUGGGUAAACUGCUAUGAUGUGUGCCUUCCUCAGACACCAUUUGGGGGCUACAAGCAAUCUGGUCAAGGACGAGAGUUGGGUGAGGAAGGCUUGACAGAGUAUUUGGAGAUGAAGACCAUAGUGAUCAAGGUUCCCUCUAAGCUGUGAUCCUCAGACAAGAGAGGAAGAUGGUAUGCACGUACUGUAACAAAAGGCAGCUAUAGUGGUCCUCAUUUAUCUUUUAUUAACAGGUACAUGUUUGUGCAAGGUUUCAUAAAUGCUAAUCUUCUCAACAUAAUAAGGGGAAAUAAUUUUAAUUUUUAGAUAUUGAAAUGUAUUAAUGGAUCAUAUUUAUUUUAUGGUCCAAAUAUUUGAUAGUUUGCUCACUAUGAAUAUUGCUUGGAAAACGAUUUUAUUUUUACUCAAUGAGAUUCAUAAUAAACUUUAGAAAAGUA